CUGAUGGGAAAAUCCACGCAACUUUCUACUGUUCUUGUGCCCUUCCUGAGUGCUUUCGUAGCACCUGUCCUCCUGAAGGAAGCACCAGUGCAGUGUGUCCUACUUAUCCUGGCUUCACAGCCCUAAAACCCAGCAGGUCUCGGUGCAGAAAUGAAAAGAAAUGCUGAGAAAUAAAGCUUUUCUCCUCUGACUUGGAUGUUUAUCAUGGGUAUCGGGAAGUCUAAAAUAGAUCCCUGCCCUCUUUCUCUCUCUCUGGGUAAAAGCCACAGUGUGGAUACAAGUGAAAGACGUCCUGAGCCAGAGUCCAGGAGACGCAGCGUCUCCCUGCGCGAUGUCGCUGCGCCCAGCGGCACCGUGGAGACAGCGGCAGGAGAGCAGCGGGGAGCUGCGCGCGGGGACGGGGGGCCUGAAGAGGAAGCGGAAGAAGACGUGUUCUUCAAGUUUGUGAUACUGCACGCAGAGGAGGACACAGACGAAGCCCUCAGAGUCCAGGAUCUGCUCCAGAAUGACUUUGGCAUCAAACCUGGAAUCAUCUUUGCUGAGAUGCCGUGUGGCAGGCAGCAUUUGCAGAAUUUAGAUGAUGCUGUCAAUGGGUCUGCGUGGACCAUCUUACUGUUGACUGAAAACUUCUUAAGAGAUACCUGGUGUAGGUUCCAGUUCUAUACGUCCCUAAUGAACUCAGUUAACAGGCAGCACAAAUACAACUCUGUUAUACCCAUGCGGCCCCUGAACAAUCCCCUACCCCGGGAAAGGACUCCCUUUGCUCUGCGAACCAUCAAUGCCCUGGAGGAAGAUAGUCGUGGCUUUCCUACACAAGUAGAAAGAAUUUUUCAGGAGUCUGUGUAUAAGAUACAGCAAACUAUAUGGAAAGAGACAAGAAAAAUGGUACAAAGGCAAUUUAUUGCCUGAGAUGGAACAGAACAAAUGGCUGGCUCUUGUCUCAUAAAACAAAUGAUUUGUCUUCACUUGAGAAAGCAGUUUCCAGGAAAAGUUUAAAUAAAACAGAUCCUAUUCUUAUAGGAACCUAGGGAGCACGAGGAAGAUAAAUUUCUGCUGGACAAUCAAAGAAUUGUGGUACUUUUUGAUGUUUCAGUAAAGUCGAGAAUGUCAGUUUCAAGAACACUAGUGUCACAGUUUUCCUAGUUCAUGAGUAUGACAAAGGAUAUUCUCAAUUCACAGUCUUUGUGUUGAACCUUGAACAAAAACUUGUAUGAUAGACAUUUUAAAUAUAUAACACUUUUCCCUGGC